UUCUUUCUGGCCCCUCCCCCUUGAGGCUCCUCCCCUUCCGUCGAGCAGGUCGAAGGCGGCUUCGGGUAUAUAAGGCAGGUCUCCACCAGCUAAGGCAUCGUCGUCGACGCCUCAACAUACACACACACCAGACAUGAAGCUCGUAAUUCUUGCCUGCCUGGCGGCCGUGGCCGUGGCUGCUCCUCAGCUUCAAGACAACCAGCCCGUGGUGGUGAUCCUCAGAGACGACCGUCAAGACAACGGUGACGGCAAUUUCAAUUACGCCUUCGAAGCCGACAACGGCAUUAUAGCUGAAGCCUCCGGCAGCCCUGGUUCUCAGGGCCAGAGCAACAUCCAGGGCGUGUACAGAUUGACCUUCCCUGAGGGAGGCGUGGCUGAGGUCCGCUACAUCGCUGACGAGAAUGGCUUCCGCCCUGAGUCCGAAAUCCUCCCCACGGCCCACCCACUCCCCGCCCACGCCCAGGAGCAGCUGCGCAUCGCCGAGGAGCAGCGGGCCCAGGGCAUAGAGUUCGACCAGAGAGGAUUUAGAGUGAACAGAAAAUAAAAAAAAUGAAACUUACUGGAAGAACUACAGUUUCAGCUGCUCUGCCAUCUGCCUCAGCCGCGACACUCAGGCACACACACCUUCCAUAGUCUUGAAAUCGAAAGCUCUUUCAUAUAUAAAUCACUGAUAUGCAACUAACGGGACAUUUCACUGCUGCUACGUUUCGCUCUCCAGGAGCCUUGUCACAAAUGCCAGUCCUGGAGAGCGAAACGUUUUCACAGCACGAUGUCUCGUUAGUUGCUGAUGUCCCCCAUUACCCAAAACAUAGUCGAUAAUUCCAUCAGUAUAUCUGGAAAUUGCAGUGGCAUGAGGAUAGUAGACUAUCUUUUAGGAUGGUAGACUAUUUUGCAGGAUGGUAGGCUGUCUUGUUGAAUAGUAGACUGUCUUGUAAAAUGGUAGACUAUCUUGCAGGAUGGUAGACUGUCUUGCAGAAUGGUAGACUAUCUUCCUAGACAGUAAACUGCUUCUCAAGAUGGUAGACUGUCCUCCAAGACAGAAGACUAUUUUUCAAGAUGGCAGAUUGUCUUCCAAGAUGGCAGAUUGUCUUCCAAGACGACUUAAUCUCCCAAGAUGACCUUUUUAAAAUGGUGUUCUUUGCUUACAUUAAGUUCCUAAAGAACGCGACUGUUUACUGUGUAUUUUGAUAAUUAAUAAAAAUGAUCAAUUAAA